AUGGGGGACCCCUUCGGCCGCUGGAGCAGCAGCCCGUCCCGGAGUGAAUAUGACGACCGGACCCCGCUCCGACAUUCCAACAGCUUCGUCCGCCUCACGGGGAAAAGCAUCUACAACCAGUGCAAGGACUACGGGCAGACCCUGCUCAAGCUCCAGAAUGAUUUCCAGCACCACGUUGAGCACCUGCUCACGAUGCCCCUGGAGCGGGAGCUCCGCAGCGCCGAGGACUGCCUGGGGCGCCUGAAGGACCUGGAGGAGCAGGGGCGGAUCUGGGGGCAGGAUGUCAUCCUGGAAGUCAAGGACCAGGAGCUGGUGCUGAGCGAUGUGGAGAGCAAGGAGGAGCUGGAGGCUUUCCCGCUGGGAAGCGUGCAGGGAUGCUCCGCCGGCCUGGACAACGCGGUGCUGGCCGUCCGCGUCCAGGAGAGGAGCCCGCCGAGGAGCAGCGUGCUGCUCUUCCAGUGCCAGCGCCUGGGGGCAGAGACGCUGAGGAGCAGCCUGGAGAAGGUGUUGAGGCAGAGGAAGGAGGAGCAGAGCAACCACUACGGGCACAGGUAUGGCGGGCUCUCCUUCCCCUCCCCAUCCCGCUGGCCCCGGAGCAGCCCGGACUCGCCACCGAGCCCGGCCCCGCCGUACGCGGCCCCGGAGCGCUGGGCAGAGCCCCCCGAGCCCGACUCCUACGAGCCCCCCCAGCGUGGGCUCUCCUCGGACUACCGUGCGCCUGAGCCCCCGCAGAUGCCACGGAGCCGAGCCCCCGCCCAGACCGUGUCCGAGGCGGAGCGAGAUGUUGAGAUCCUCAACCACGUCCUGGGCGACCUGGAGCGCUUCAUGGGCCGGCUGAAGACGGCCCUGAGCUCGGCCAGCACGAAGAAGAAGCUGAAGAAGCCAGCGCUGCCCCCAAAGGAUGCGUACACGGAUUUCUUCCAGAAGGUGAAAUACGCCCUCAAUCUCCUGGGACGGAGCCACCGCUCCGUGACGGACCCCGACCCCCUCGAGCUGCUGCACCUCAUCUUCUCAGCUCUGUCCUUCGUGCUGGGCCACUGCCCCAGCCCCGGCCUGGCCCCGGCGGUGCAGAGCCCGCUGCUGCUGCCGGAGGCGCUGGAGUUCCUCGAGGAGGGCCUGGGCGAUGACGACUACGGCGUCUGGAAGAGCCUCGGCCUCGCCUGGAACAAGUCCAGGGCCGAGUACCCCGACAGCGCCCUGGUGCCCGCGUACAUCCCGGUUUUUUCGGACGGGUGGCUGCCCCCCGUGAUGGAGCAGGAGCGCCGCAGGGGCCUGCAGGACACCCCACCGCCUGCCUCAGUUUCCCCAGCUCACUUGCGGCACCCUUCCCCGUCCCUGCCCCCCGCACAGGCACCGGCCACCGGCUGGAGGGACAAUCCCAGCCAAGAAUCCCCCCUCCCUGCCCAGGGGCUGGUCCGAGCCCUAUACGACUUCCAGGCUCGGAACUCGCAGGAGCUGAGCGUCAGGAAGGGGGACACGCUGCAGGUCUUGGACCAGCAGAGGAAGUGGUGGCUGGUGCAGGACGAGCGGGGGGACAGGGGGCACGUCCCCGGCAACAUCCUGGAGCCCCUCCUGGAGCCGGGGCACAGCGCCAGUCCCCCCACCCUGCAGCCCAGCUCCUCGCCGGCAGAGGUGACGGCCUGGCUGAUGGACAAGGGCUUCUCGCGGAUCACGGUGCGGACUCUGGGGGUGCUGCGGGGCCACGAGCUGCUGCAGAUGAGCCCGGCCGAGCUGCGAGGUGUCUGUCCCGAGGAGUGGCGGAGGGUCCUCUUCAAGCUGUCCCCCAUCAGGACAUCCCUGGGGAUCGGUCCCCGGGACUGAGCCACCGAGGCCACGCUGGUGUCCCCAUCACGUCCCCGGCCCGGAUGGAGCACCCUGAGAACGGCUGGAUUUGGGGGCGAACCCCAAAUCCCCCCUGCCCCCCCAAGACAGAGAACCACUCCUUAAAUUACAGAACGUCCCCGGCAAAGGAAGGAGGGGGGCAGGCACCCCCUCGGCGGGGUCAGGCGCUGGGACGUGACUUUGCACCCCCAAAAUGUAAAGCGAUUGAU